GGGGCGCCCGGCCCCGGCCCCGGCCCCGGGCAGCGGCGCGCGCAGCGAGGACAUGGGGCUCCGGAGCAGUCGCCGCCGCCGCCGCCGCCGGAGGACGCGGCCCUGAGAGGCCGCCGGGCCCCGGCUUGGCGCCCCGGGCGGGCCGAGUUGCCGCCCGCUGUGCUAUGAGCAGUCAGAGUGCCGUCUCCACAAGAGUUUACAAAUGAAAAUGGAGGAAAUGUCUUUGUCUGGCCUGGAUAACAACAAACUAGAGGCCAUUGCUCAGGAGAUUUAUGCAGACCUGGUCGAAGAUUCGUGUUUGGGGUUCUGCUUCGAGGUGCACCGGGCCGUCAAGUGUGGCUACUUUUUCCUGGACGACACAGACCCAGACAGCAUGAAGGAUUUUGAGAUCGUGGACCAGCCCGGGUUGGACAUCUUUGGACAGGUUUUCAACCAGUGGAAGAGCAAGGAGUGCGUCUGCCCCAACUGCAGCCGUAGCAUUGCCGCGUCCCGCUUCGCACCACACCUGGAGAAGUGCCUGGGCAUGGGGCGCAACAGCAGCCGCAUUGCCAACCGCCGGAUCGCCAACAGCAACAACAUGAAUAAGUCGGAGAGCGACCAGGAGGACAACGACGACAUCAAUGACAAUGACUGGUCCUACGGCUCGGAGAAGAAAGCUAAGAAGAGGAAAUCAGACAAGCUAUGGUAUCUCCCAUUCCAGAACCCCAAUUCCCCACGAAGAUCCAAGUCUUUAAAACACAAAAAUGGGUUCUCUGUCUGUUCCUCUGCAUCAAACACCCUUCCCCUUCUUUUUUCUUCUUCAGGGGAGCUUAGCAAUUCGGAUCCUUUCAAGUACAGCAACUCCACCGGGAUCAGUUACGAGACACUGGGGCCGGAGGAGCUGCGGAGCCUUCUCACCACACAAUGUGGCGUGAUUUCAGAACACACCAAGAAGAUGUGCACGAGGUCCCUGCGCUGUCCCCAGCACACAGACGAGCAGAGGCGGACUGUGCGGAUUUACUUUCUCGGGCCCUCGGCUGUCCUCCCAGAGGUGGACAGUGCGCUGGACACCGACAGCUUCGACAUGGCCGACAGUCAGGCCCUGCUCAGCCGGCUGCAGUGGGAUGGCUCCUCCGACCUCUCACCCUCAGACUCAGGCUCUUCCAAGACCAGUGAUAACCAGGGCUGGGGCCUAGGCAGCAGCAGCUCCGAGUCCCGGAAAGCCAAGAAGAAGAAGCCACACCUGGGGCUGGCAGGGGCCACAUCCAGCCUUGCCACCGGCAAGAAGAAGAGGCCCAAGCCACCAGCGCCUCCGACACCCAGCAUCUACGAUGACAUCAACUGACAGCGCAGGGGCCACCUUUGGCUGAGUAGAGCCUGCCUGAAUCCACUGGCCGCAGGGCUGGGCACACAGACGCUGCUAGGGCUCAGGCAUGCAAGCCUGGGACAGGUGGGUGGGGCCAUGUGUGCGCCCCUGGGGGGCACUGGGUCCUCUGUGGUGGCACGGCCUCAGCGUGCAGGCCUCAGACCUGGACAUGUUCACUUUGCCUGGACACAGUUCAGUGGGAGGCAGUUUUCCUAUUUAUUCUGUGAGUUACUGGAUGUCCAGCUGGGCCUGGGGCCUGGCCUGGCACUGCCCCGCACACUGCCCGCCCUGUGCAGGAACUGGACUUCACCCCGGCAGGCCCCAGGCAUUGUAAAGGGGUCUGAGCUGCCCAAGGGCCGCAGGUAGCAAGCCCAUGAUUCCCGGUGAUGCCCAGCCAGUGGGUACCAGUGGGCUGGCUGCUAGGUGGCACCCAGGACUGCACCACCUCCAGUGCCCCAGGCACCCCUCCAUCCCCAUGGUUUCUGGGCAGGCGGAGCUGUCCUCAUCUUGGGUGCCAGGAAAGGGCCACAGCCUCGAAGCUUCAAGGAGCAGAAAGGGGAGGGUGGGGCUGGCCAAAACUCCACUCCACCACCCUCCCUCCCCGGAGGGUGGGCAGACCAGGUCCUGGGCAGCAGGAGGGGCCCACGGUGAGGGAACGGUGCUGCUUUAUUUGAAAUGUUUUCUUACCUCAUUCCCUGUCCCAGGAAGGGGCGCAGCCUCGCUCUCCUGGGGUGGCCGUGUUCCCACGCGUGCCCUGCCCCUGUCCUGGGGCAGCCCCGCCCCAAGUGCUGCUUGCCACCUUCCCCUUCACCAGCCUCAUCCUGCUCUGUUCCCACCUCCAGGCUGCCCUGUUCCCUCCUGCGCCGCUUUUAAGUUAUUUAUUCUGUACUUGUGGUUUGGGGCUCCAAGGAAAGUCCUUCCCUUGUGCCUCUCCCCAUGCUAGGAGUAGGUGGGAAGAAGGUGGCUCUGUGCUCUGGACCUCAGCGGAGGGGAAGGGUGAUGUCAGCCCUGUGGGAUGGCGUGCCAGCAUGUCACCAGCCUGGUCUACAUCCAGGGAGAUGUACAGCCCGCAUGGGCCCCGCAUACCGGGCCAGGGGACACCUGUACCCAGCACUUGCUGAUGUGUCCCACGUUUGAGUAGCCAGUACCCAGGACUUUGUGGACUGAUUUGGGUUAGGGACCCUAGAGGGUUGCGGGAACAACAGAACAGGGCUGCAGGACCCUGUCUGGAACCCCAGUGUCCUCCUGGGGUGCUUCUGAUUGUGGCAGAUGCCUGGUUGCAAGUUGGUUUUUAACCCAAGCAUUGUGAUUAUUUUUUAAAAAGCCAAACCCGUUUUGGCAGGAGUUAGAAUAAACCCUGGGCACCUCUCUUCUUUCCCUCACGGCUUCCUCCCUCCAAAGCUGCCCAGUUGGGAGUGGGCUGGAGAUGAGGGGUAGAAGGCCACUGCUCCCGCCUGAUGCCCCCAGCCUCCCUCAGGAAGGUGGUGGGGGCAGUGCGAGAAUGGAUCCUUGCCAGCUGGCUCUGAGCCUAUGUGGGUGGGUGGGAGGUGGGAGCAGACCCCUGCCUCUGCUCAGAGGACCCUCAGCAGGCUGGGCCCUGGCCCCCUGCCUGGCCAGGGCACUUGCCCCAUGUUCUGCCCUGUGUCUGAGUGUGGGGUGUGUGUUAGUCUCAUGGCUGGUGGCUUUCCUUUCAUGCAUUGCACCCCCCCCCUGCAUGCCCAGGGCCACCCGCCUGGCAUCACCGCAUGCUGGGGUUAUUAGGGGAGGGGGGCUCACACUGUCCUGUGGUCUUGAGAUUUUUAUUUUUGCAUAUAUAAUCCAUCCUGUACAGGUAGCUAACUUUGUAAACGCUGUGUACCCUCUGCCCAUGGCUGCUGGUGUAAAUAAACUGCAUCUCCCGUUGGUA